UACGAAGUCAUAGCUGAUGCACACUGGGAGACUGAAAGCUAAGAGUUGGUCAAAGCAAAUAAUCUCCCAUUUUAAAGGCUUCCUGCUGGUGUUUUCUGCUUGUGGUACUAUGUGGAAAGCUGUGGUUCUGGCUGUGUGUCUGUUUGUGGCUGGAGUUCAGCCCAUGGAGGACCCAAAAUACGGCGUGAAGCUCUGUGGCCGCGAGUUCAUCAGAGCCGUUAUCUUCACCUGUGGAGGUUCACGAUGGAAACGGUCCCUCAGGAGUGCAGAUGUUUCAGAGGACCCAUUCAGCUCCCGUCAGGACGAGUCCUCAGAAGGCACGAGCCACAACUUUGUGGUGGAGAAUCUGCUCCAAAGAAACAGAGAUCUGAGCUUCACAUCGAGCGACAACCAGGACGGAGUGUUCAGCAGGCCAACCCGUUCCUUCAUCACCGAGGAGAUCCUGGAGGCUCUUCGCAAAGCCGACCGGAAAGGCCGGGAUGUGGUGGUGGGUCUGUCCAACGCCUGCUGCAAGUGGGGCUGCAGCAAGAGCGAGAUCAGCUCCCUGUGCUGAGGGUCGCUGUGUGAAUACGUUCAAAACAAACAGACACACAAACAGACACACUGUCAUGUUUCCCCCACUUCUCAUGAAUCUUAGGUCAUUUUAUAAGUAGUGUGUUUCAGUUUAACAAUCUGUUAGUUAUAUGUUAUGGUUUUUAUCUCCUUAGAGGGGAAAUAUAAACAAGUGUUUACAUGUUUCUGUUGAUAAAAUGCAUUUUAUGCUUCAUAAAGAAGAAUCUUAAGUUGUUUUUGUUUCAUUACCAGCUGACGUGUUGUUGCUGUUGAGAACUCACAGGAAUAAGAUGCUUUGUUCAAAUAAUUUGACAGCAACUGCAGAAGAAGUCGCUCGUGUUUAUUAAGGUCUCGUCCUGUUUGUAAAUCAUUCUAUAUUUUGUUGGUAUUUUGUGUUUGUCUCACAUCACACAGAGUGCUAAAUUAAUUGGAGGUUCAGGCCCAUAACAACAACAAUAAAACAAAAUGUUAUGCCAACCAUAAAA